CCUUGGUCGGUUAGUUUGAGGUUGGCGGGUCCGCUCGCGCCGUUUGCUGUUUUCUGUUUUGUCGCCUCUUUUGUUCGAUAACGUGGCUCGAAUAGCAAAUUUAAUAACAAACGCAUUGUUUUUCAUUAAAUUACGUAAAAUUCCCCGCACUGCAGACAAAGAGAAAGGAAACACGUAACGUGUUUGCUGAAUGAAAUGCCACCAGUUGGUGCAUGAGCGCAAAUUUGUCGUGGGUUGAUUCAGCAGCAGUUUUGUCCAAUUACAAGGAAAACUGCUCUGUACAGUGGCAGCCAGAUAAAACACUUCCGGUUCGUGUUUCGUCGCUUACUCAGUGCUGAAUCCACAUUGAUAACGUUGAAUGACAAUGACCUGUGCCUUCUGCUGAUGCCAUUAUUCACUGCUUGAAUCUCACGCAACUCAGGUUUACUGCUCGAAAAAACUUUCUUGGCCUAAGUGUUUUCUGUGUUUGUUCAACAACAGCAACAAACUGGUUUUAAAAGGAGUACCAGGCCUGCCCACGUGUGCAGGAGUCACAAUGCGAGAGAAGAAGAGCGGCGCCCUUUCACGGAUGCAGAAGCUCAGGAAAAGGCUGUCCCACUCCUUCGGACGAUUAUCGGUGUCAAAGGAAGAGGCUGAAGAACACAAUCAUCAUCAUCAUCAUCAUCAUGGUAAGCUGCCCUACAACGGUUACAGCGACGAGUUCCUAGACCGACUGGAGCCCAAUGGUAACAUACCAGCGGGAAAAGGUGAUAUUAGAUAUGACUGGAAUAAUGUGUCCGGACACGACAGGGUCAAGCGUCAGCUAUCGGUGUCGAGCGACAGUAAAUUACUGGACGACGACAUUCGAGAGGAAACUAAGGUGAUUUUGAGGCCGCGAAAGCCACCCAGACCCAAGUCCGAGGUGCUGCUCAACCAACAGGGAGGAGACAACCGGAGGACGAAGAGGUAUUCAGCCUUUGGUGGCGACUCGCCUUUUGGAAAAUCCGAAGCCUACGUUAAGUUAGAACAAUUAGGAGAGGGAUCAUACGCCACUGUGUACAAAGGAUUUAGCAAUUUACAAAACCAAGUGGUGGCACUGAAAGAAAUUAGACUGCAAGAGGAGGAGGGCGCUCCGUUCACAGCCAUUAGGGAGGCCUCGCUCCUCAAAGAACUGAAACACGCCAACAUUGUCACCUUGCACGACAUUGUUCACACCCGGGAGACUCUUACCUUUGUUUUUGAAUACGUGCAUACGGACCUGUCGCAGUACCUGGAGAAGCACAGCGGCGGACUGGAGCCUCGCAACGUGCGCCUUUUCCUAUUCCAGCUGCUGCGGGGGCUCUCCUACUGCCACAAGCGGCUGGUGCUCCAUCGGGAUGUUAAACCGCAAAAUCUCCUCAUCUCCGAGAUCGGGGAACUGAAGCUGGCCGACUUCGGCUUGGCCCGGGCUAAAAGCGUGCCUAGUCACACAUACAGCCACGAAGUGGUCACUUUGUGGUACCGGCCUCCAGACGUCCUGCUGGGCUCCACCGAGUACUCGACCAGCCUGGAUAUGUGGGGUGUGGGAUGCAUCUUUGUAGAAAUGAUCACCGGCAUGGCGAUUUUUCCCGGCGUGCGUGAGACUUACGAUCAACUGGAUAAAAUUUUCAAGGUGCUGGGCACUCCAAGCGAAGACGAUUGGUGCGGAUGCACGCGACUGCCCGGCUACAAACCCCACAAGCUGGGCAACUACCGAUCCAGAAGACUGGGGUUGUGCUGGCCGGCGUUACACGACGUAGUCCAUGGAGAAGCCAUGGCAACCGCCCUGCUCCAGUUGGACCCCACCAAGAGGAUCGGUGCCGAGGACGCCAUGCACCAUCGGUAUUUCGAAGGGCUGCCCAAGAAGCUGCUUGAACUGCCAGAAGAUGCGUCAAUAUUCAGCGUGGAAGGGGUCCAUCUUCAUCCGGAAGAAUACUCGGGAAUAAAAUGAGAUUUAAAGCACCGGCUUCAGUUGGUUUGCAGGUCCAGGUAUGAGAGCAAACAGGGGAAGCAAUGACGUCGCGCUCCUUUUUCGUACCAAUCCUCGUCCUCUAAGAACCUGUUUUGUGAGGUUUUUCCAUGCAGUUGCCUGGAAAAGGGAUGUCAUGAAAUGUUGCUUGCUACUCGGUUAAAAACCCGUGUGACUACUAAACACUAGCGUCGAAUUGAUAAGGAAACUGUCCAGCGGUGGAGAAACGGGGUAAUUUCCUGCAGGUGGGCAAAGUCUUCUUCCGAGGUAAUGAUGCAUUUGUUGAAAAAAUUCCCAUUAGCGUUGUGUUAAAUUUAGCGACACAUCGGCCCAAAAAAACCACUCUUUUGCACUGUGUCCCGGAUGAGAAUCCCGUUGGCAAGCAACUUGGUUGAAUCAGAGUUUAAAAAAUAGUACCAUACGGAUGCCUCAUUUUCCCUUCUCCUCUUGGGCAUAGUUAAAACCCAACUUCAAUUAAGCUGAUUUAGUGAUGCAUCGUGCAAUGACGCUUCUCUUAUUAAACUCACAACAUCUACAUCUUUAGUAGUAUUUUCUCUAAAUAAAAACCAAGCAAUGAUAAAGCCAACUCUUGUUUUGUUGUUAAAUUAGGUGCGCUCCAAUGCAGAUACAAAGCGACUCAUUGAUGUUUUAUAUCGGCAUUGGCUUGAAUGUCUUAUGUGUGUGUGUGUGUAAGAAAACUGUGAUCGAAAAAUGCAUUUAGACGAACCAGACCAAACGUUUUUGGAACGGCACAGUGAGGACAAUUGAAAAAUGGCUAACUCAUUCCUUCCAUAGUGCUCAAUUAAAACUCGUGUAUUAAACUAAUUAGGGACGACUCAACCGUCUUCGACUAAGACACUCAGUUUUUGCAUUCAAGCAACCCGAGACUUGCGGAUUAAACUAGUAUCUUCUGUACAUAAGUAAUAGCGAAAAUCACCUUGUUGAGUUACGCGAAUAAAUAGCCAUUUUUAGUUUAGCAGUUAUGUUGCCAUAAGGAAAUAGUGACGCUUCGAAAAAUUCGCUUGUGGCUAACGUAACUGAGUAUAAUCCUGUGUAAAUAACCGAAGAAACAGUCGUUAAGUGCCAAACGAGGCACUUGUAGGUUUUCGAUUUAGACGCGUAGGCCGAAAAAAAUUAGGGUUUCCACUAAUUACCACUAGGACAGGCCUAAGAGCUGAACGAGUGAAUCCAUCUGCAAUGAGGGGUCUUUUCUAGAAGUUUUAGAAUGUAUUUAAUAUAAUAUUGUACUGUAGGUAGAAAAGCUAGCCGUUCUUCAGCGAGUGGCAACUGUUGAUGCCUAAGCUCGAUCGCUGAAGAAUCAACUAAAGUUACAAUCAAAAGCACUAAUUUUUUGCCGCAGUGCACAGCUUAUCCCCAUGGACGUCCAUUAACCACAACCGUCUCAUUUUCUAUCUGUGAAUUUUGUACAUUAAGCGUUGAAAUUAGGUAAUUGUCGCACAUCCGCUCCUUGUUCGGAGUGAAAUGGGCGAUACAUGGCUGAAGCAUAUGAGAAUUUCUAUAUAUACAUAUAUUUUUACGCAAUUUUUCACCAAUCAUUCUCCCAAAUGCACGCUGCAACUUUGCGCGUUAUUUUCUCUGGUUCUACUGUUUCAAAGUAGAGUUUCCACCAUAUCAACUACUGGUGAGAAACUAUAAUCUGCAAACACACCCGCCCUUUAGAGAAUAAUUUCUUUAAAGGUGCUUUAGGAAACAAAUGCGGUUUUUUUUUAUUAAACUACCGGCAGAAGCCCGUCAAGCUUUCGACAUAUUCCGACGAUUUUCCACCGGAGAGUAUCGGGGAAUGUGCCGAAACCUUAAUAGAGUUGUUCGGAGUGUAAAAUGAACUCUUCGUGAUAAAGAGUGAAUUGUUUUUGUUGAGCAAAUAGGUGUUUUAGAUAAUGUCGCGUGAAUGAUCGUUUAUAUCGGAAGUCAUGUAACUAACAUAAGGACUAUUGAGCGGAAAGCGAACAGCGGCCAUGAUUUGCGAUAUAAAAUGUUAAAAAUUGUUCACUGUUGCAAUAGUGGAAUCCACUGUUCAGGUACUGUUGCGUUUGUACAUAGGGAAUAGUUGUUUAUAUAUAUCUAGGUUAUUAUAAGAAAUAUUAAUAAAUGUCUUUGUAUAAAA